UCAGCGUCGGUCCGGUCCGCAGCGCCUCGCCCGGCACCAUGAGCUCGGAAGCCGAUGAGCCCAAGGAAGUGGCCACAGAUGUCUUCAACUCCAAAAGUCUGGCCAUUCAGGCCCAGAAGAAGAUCCUUGGAAAAAUGGUUUCCAAAUCAAUAGCAACUACUUUGAUUGAUGAUACAAGCAGUGAUGUUUUAGAUGAGCUUUACAGAGUAACAAAGGAAUAUACACAAAAUAAAAAAGAAGCAGAGAAGAUAAUCAAAAACCUCAUUAAAAUAGUCCUCAAAUUGGCAAUUCUCUACAGGAACAACCAAUUUAAUCAAGAUGAAAUAGCCCUGAUGGAGAAAUUCAAGAAGAAGGUUCAUCAGCUGGCUAAGACCGUGGUCAGUUUCCAUCAGGUGGAUUAUACCUUUGACAGGAACUUUUUGUCCAAACUGUUGAAUGAAUGUAGAGAGCUGCUCCAUGAAAUCAUUCAGCGUCACCUAACUGCGAAGUCACACGGACGCGUCAACAAUGUGUUUGAUCACUUCUCUGAUUGUGAAUUUUUGGCUGCCUUGUACAAUCCCUUUGGACCUUAUAAAAUCCAUCUGCAGAAACUUUGUGAUGGGGUCAACAAAAUGCUAGAUGAGGGGAACAUAUAAGUACUUGUAUUAUAGGUGACUGCCUAUCAGUUAUUUGUAGAUGGAACACUGUUGAUUUAUGAAGGAAUAAGGGAGCAUGCAAAGAGGUUUUUUUACAUUAUGACAAAUCUUUCCUAAAUAUCUCUAUUAAUUGAUUUCUUACUUUGCGCUAUCUGUUGCUAUUCAGAGUCCAUCUGGAAGAAAAACUGCACGUGACUUUUUUACUGUGCUUUGCCUAUGGAAACAGCUCGAUAAAGACAAUCAAACAGAAUGGUUCAAGUAGAGUAAGAGUCUUGCAAGAUAGAUAUACAAACCAAAACAAUACACUGUCAGACAAUCUGCAUCUUUCAUAGAUUUACAGAAUUAAUUCUCAAUUAUCAGAAUCCAGUAAUGUUGGUAACAGACUAUC